AUGGCGUCGGGGUCCAGGGCUGGCGGGCCUGAGGACUCGGUCCGCAUCAUCAGCCCCGGCAGGCGAGGCGAGAAGGCUGCCUGCGCGUCGCCCGGGGCCAUGGCCACCCUGAAGGACGCCGCCGCGUCCCCGGUGCGGUCGGUGGUGGCCUCGCCGCGCCCGGUGAAGGGCAAGGCCAGCCGGGAGGCGGCCCGGAGGCGGCUGCAGCUCCCGCCCGCGUCGCAGGCGGAGGCCGCGGGCCGGGCGGCCGAGGAGGAGGAGGAGGAGGAAGAGGAGGAGGAGGAGGAGCCCCUCCUGUCGGCGCCCGAGAAGGACGCGGAGGAGGCGCAGCCGCUGCCCGCCGUCUUUGCGUCCCCCAUGAGGGGCAUGUGGCGGGACGAGAAGGUGGCGCUGUACUGCGACCAGGUGCUGCUGGGCUGUAAGGCAGAAGAUGCUGAUGAGGCUAUGAGUAAAUACUUAUCAGAAAAGUUAAAAAUAAAAGACAAGUGGCUUGGAGUCUGGAAGACUAAUCCUGAGUUAUUCUUUGUGAAAUAUGAAGAAACGUCUAUCCCUUAUGUUGGUAUACUGGUGGAGGUAACUUGUAAACCACAACCAAAUUCAUCAUCUUGUUUCAAAGUUACUGUUUCGGUGGCUGAGCCCUUUUCUUCCAACAUUGCAAAUAUUCCACGGGAUUUGGUUGAUGAGAUUUUGGAGGAACUGGAGCAUAGUGUCCCUCUCUUGGAAGUGUAUCCUGUUGAAGGACAAGAUGCUAAUAUACAUGAUGUUGCUCUGGCUUUGGAAGUUGUAAGGUUUUUUUAUGAUUUUCUUUGGAGAGACUGGGAUGAUGAAGAAAGUUGUGAGAAUUACACUGCUCUUAUUGAAGAAAGAAUUAAUUUGUGGUGUGACAUACAGGACGGAACCAUACCUGGCCCUAUUGCCCAGCGUUUUAAAAAAACUUUGGAGAAAUACAAAAACAAACGUGUUGAGCUCAUCGAGUAUCAGAGCAAUAUUAAAGAAGAUCCAUCUGCGGCAGAGGCUGUUGAAUGUUGGAAAAAAUACUAUGAGAUAGUAAUGCUCUKUGGAUUAUUGAAAAUGUGGGAAGAUUUACGCCUUCGAGUUCAUGGACCUUUCUUUCCAAGAAUUCUKAGACGUAGGAAAGGAAAAAGAGACUUUGGAAAGACUAUAACACAUAUUGUAGCCAAAGUGAUGACUACUGAAAUGGUAAGAAAUAUACUUUAUAUGAUUUUAGCUCUUCAGGGUCCCUUUAAUUUAAAGAUGAGCUUUUCCAUGUCUUCAAAACAGGCUUUUGGAAUUUUGAUAGAAAUUAUGUUGAGCUUUGGAAAGCGAGAAGAAAUUAUGAUUACUUCUGAACCUUCUCAUGACAGUUUUGUGGUGUCCAAAGCUGACAAUGUGAAACUAAUGCAUCUGUCUUUGAUACAACAAGGGACGGUUGAUGGUAUUGUGGUGGUGGAGUCUGGUCACAUGACUCUAGAAAACUGUGUAUUAAAAUGUGAAGGAACAGGAGUGUGCGUUCUGACGGGGGCCGCUCUGACAAUCACAGACAGUGAAAUAACUGGUGCCCAGGGUGCUGGUGUUGAACUGUAUCCUGGGAGCAUAGCCAUUCUGGAAAGGAAUGAAAUUCAUCACUGUAAUAACCUCAGAACUAGUGACAGUUCAAAAAGCACAUUAGGUGGAGUUAAUAUGAAGGUUCUGCCAGCGCCCAAAUUGAAGAUGACUAAUAAUCACAUAUACAACAACAAUGGCUAUGGAGUAAGCAUUCUUCAACCAACUGAACAGUUUUUCAUUGUAGCAGAACAAACUCUCAACAAAGGAGCUGCUUCAGGAGAUAAAAAAGAUGAUAAAAUGCUCUCCAAAGUGAUGCAAAACCUGAAUCUGGAAAUGAAUAAUAAUAAGAUAGAAGCAAAUUUAAAGGGGGAUAUCAGAAUAGUCACCAGUUAA